UUCAGCAGUAACGCACUAACCCUCGAACGCUGCACACAGCAAAUUUUCGCACUGAAAGCGUUCCAGCUUUCCAUCGAUUUUCCGUGUUGUGCGUCGCAGAAUAAUUGUUUUCAUGAUGUCAUAUGAUGAAUCAGCCGUCGAGACGCUACGUCAAUAUAUACAAAUUGAAAGUGUAUCGAACACUACCAAUUAUGAGGAAUGUGUUACUUUUCUCAAAGCACAAGCAGAAUCAAUAGGUUUGGAAUGUAAGGUAAUUCAGUUGAAACCUAACCGACCAGUGGUGAUAAUGAAAUGGACUGGGAUGAAACCUGACCUUCCUGCGAUCUGCCUUAAUAGUCAUAUGGACGUGGUGCCGGCUGAAGCAGACAAAUGGUCACACCCACCCUUCUCUGCACAUAUCGACGAACACGGUAGAAUUUUCGGGCGCGGCACGCAAGAUAUGAAAUCCGUUGGUAUUCAAUAUUUGGAAGCAGUAAGGCGCUUGAAACGAGAAGAAGCAGUGUUGGCUAGAACUUUAGUGUUGACCUUCGUCCCUGAUGAAGAAAUGGGAGGUCAAGAAGGGAUGAAAAUGUUUGUCAAAACAAAAGCAUUUAGGAAAUUAAAUAUUGGUUUCGCUUUGGAUGAGGGUGUCGCUUCGAAUCGUCCGGGACAUUUUGUGCUCUUUUAUGGAGAGAAACACAAGUGGUCUGUGAAGUUCCAUGUGACAGGGGAUGUAGGUCAUGGUUGUUUGAACAUACCUAAUACAGCAGGAGCUAAAUUAGCGAGAUUGUUAAAAAGUAUUUAUGAUUUUCGUGAGGAGCAAUUUGAGUUGGCAGGGAGAAGGGUGGACAACCCUGAUUUUGUUUCCAUUAAUGCUACUAUUAUACAGGGUGGAACCCAAGAAAAUGUGAUCCCAUCAGAAUUCGUAGUUAGCGCUGACAUCAGAUUGCCUCCAAAGGUCAAUAUUGAUGAAUGGAAAGCCACCAUGAAUUCUUGGUGUGAGGAUGCAGGUGAAGGAUGUUGGAUUGAAGAAGUUGUCUGUGAAAUUAUAGAUAAGCCUACUUAUUUAGAUGAAAGUAAUCCUUACUAUGAACCGUUCCAAGAAACAAUUCAGAAAAUGGGUUAUCAACUCCUGCCUCAAGUGUGCUAUGCAAUGACGGAUGCCAGAUACUUACGGAAUUUAGGUAUCUCCGUUUUCGGAUUUACCCCAUUAACAGGCGAACCAAGACUUCACAAACAUGAUGAAUUCAUUGGAAGAAAAGAAUUUCUAUUGGGUAUUACUAUGUAUUAUCGAAUUUUGCUAAAUAUUGGCUAUGUACCAGAAUAUAAUUAAUAACAAACUAAAAUAUUUAUUACCGUA